UUCAUGGUUUUCACUUAUUUACUGGCGAUGUAAAACAUAUUCUAUCCACUGAGUAGCAUAGGCUGAGAAAUAUGACACACUUGAAUAGGGCAUUGUUUCAGCAUAGGGUAUAGUUCCGGCAUAGGGCAUAGUUCCAGCAUAUCGCAUAGGGCACAGUUCAAACUCACUUUGAGGCUUAGCUAUGGCAGAGAAUUGGACAACACAGGAAGUAGCUAACUGGCUCCAGCAAAACAGCUUCGGCAAAUACGUUGGUGAACUAACUGAAGUCCACAAGAUAGAUGGCGCUGCAUUGUUAACUCUAACAGAAGAUGACCUUCGUCAACCGCCCCUACAGAUUCGGGUUCUAGGAGAUAUAAAACGUUUAAUUCUAGCUGUAAAAAAAUUACAAAGAGACAAUCAAGCUGCUAUUGAUUUAAUGGGUUACCACAAUCAAGUGUUUCAGGUCGCAAGAAAUGACCCUCAGAAUGGAAGUCCGGCGAUUUUAAGAGACAAUUUACAACAUCGUCACUUUGAGCGUUUAGAUAGUGACUCAGUUUACUCAGAAGAUGGCACUGAUAUGGCAGUCGAUACAAAAUGUCGCCUUUUAAGGAAUCCACGUCCUGAAUACUGGAAAACAGCACUUAGUUUUGUAUACGCUUUCACGGUGUUUUUAUUAACUGCAUUUAUGAUGGCGGUGUCCCAUGAUCGGGUGCCCGACCCAGAGAAGUACCCCCCUCUGCCUGAUAUAUUUUUAGACAAUAUGCCAUAUGUACCAUGGGCAUUUGAGAUAUGUGAGGUGAUAGCUGUCAUUAUGAUGAGCAUAUUUGGUGGAUUGUUGGUGUUUCAUAGACACAGAUUUAUAAUACUGAGGCGUUGGUUCUCUCUCUGUGGGACUGUGUUUCUGUUGAGAAGUAUUACUAUGUUCAUCACAUCACUCUCUGUACCAGGAAUUCAUCUGCAGUGUGAGAGGCAUCCAAGCAACAUGUCUUAUCCUUUAAAGAAACAUGGGGAUAUAUGGGGCCAACUUUCUAAGGCCAUUGAGAUCUGGAAAGGAUUUGGAAUGACCCUACAGGGUGUCAGGACUUGUGGUGACUACAUGUUUAGUGGGCAUACAGUCGUUCUCACAAUGUUGAACUUCUUUAUUACUGAAUAUUCUCCGCGGAAGAUGCAUCUUCUUCAUACAAUGUCCUGGGUGCUCCAUCUAUUUGGCUGUUUCUUCAUCCUCGCUGCACACGAACAUUACUCAAUUGACGUAUUCGUUGCAUUCUACAUCUCAUCUCGAUUAUUCUUAUACUAUCACUCAUUGGCUAAUAACAAGGCCUUGAGUAAUUCCGAUUAUAAACGAGUUAGGAUUUGGUUCCCGAUGUUUUCAUUUUUUGAAUCUGAGUGCAGUGGCAUCGUCCCAAAUGAAUAUGAGUGGCCGCUACCUUGGCCGAGUAAAAUUAAGUCGUAUUUUACGGAGCAUUUAACCAAUGGGAAAAAGAGGUUAUAGAGAAUAUUUGGUCACUAGAGGCGGGAAAUCUGUUUUCUCUCCGUAUUCUCUCUAACAGUCUAAUGAGCGUAUGGUUUCAAUGAGUGUACAUGCGACUUAGGUUCAACAUGAUCUCAAGAAAACACAAAGUGUAAUGCAUUGGUUUCGAUUAUUUACACAUUAGAUAACA